CCCCUGGUACAAAAUUCAACACUCGAUUUUAACUCCACCACCCCACUUCCCAGUGGCUCUCUCUGCGGGUGAGUCAUGUGUGGUCUCUGUCCAUAGCAAAUCAGAAAGCAUCCAUUAAAGGCUAUCUUAUUUCUUAAUUCUCAGCCACAAUUCGUCCAGUACGAUAUAUCACAUCGAUACGAAAAGUCAAAUUAUCAACAUGAAAAGCAGUUUGAGAGCUUGACGAAGAUUCAGCCCAGUCACCAAUAGAGAGCUAUGCCUCCUCUGGAUUUCAAAGAUUUCCAAGAAAAGCUCUCAACCCAUUUCAGGCCUUUUCACCGCUCCUUCCAGUUCUGGGUGCGAGCGGUUGAUAUCUACACUGGCUACAAGGUGUUUCAACUUCGGGUGAGUUUCGUGAAGGAUGUGAAGAAGCAGGAGGAAAUGUGGGAGGUGCAACACGAACUUGCAGCUGAGAAGAUAUAUGCUACGUGCGCUGACCUUGGUGGGUUUUUUCUUAAGAUUGCCCAAAUUAUUGGAAAGCCUGACUUGGCCCCAGCUGCAUGGGUUAGAAGGCUUGUUACACUGUGUGAUCGAGCUCCUGCAACCCCAUUUGAUGCAAUCCAACCUGUGCUGGAGAAAGAGUUGGGUCAAAGUAUUGGUGAAAUAUUUGAAAGAUUUGAUGUGGAUCCAAUUGGUUCUGCUUCAAUUGCACAGGUUCACCGAGCAAGAUUGAGAGGUGAUAAAAAUGAUGUUGUUGUCAAGGUGCAACAUCCUGGAGUUCAGGAUCUUAUGAUGACUGAUAUCCGUAAUUUGCAAGCUUUUGCUUUAUACAUGCAGAAGACAGAUAUUAAAUUUGACCUUUACUCUGUGACUAAAGAAAUGGAAAAACAGAUUGGAUAUGAAUUUGACUUCAUUAGGGAGGCUGAUGCAAUGGAAAGAAUAAAACGUUUUUUGUAUGAGAAUAACAAAAAGCGUCCUGUUUUGGUGCCACGGGUAAUACGUGAUAUGGUGACUAGGAGGGUCUUAGUGAUGGAAUAUAUUGAUGGAAUUCCUAUCCUGAACCUCGGUGAUGAAAUAGCAAAAAGGGGCAUUAAUCCGGGUGGUAAGCUCGCAGCAGCAGCAAAGCAGAAGAUCCUUGAAAGUUUGACUAUAGCAUAUGGGCAAAUGAUACUGAAGAGUGGUUUCUUCCAUGCAGAUCCCCAUCCUGGAAAUAUUCUGAUCUGCAAAGGUUCAGAGGUUGCAUUGCUAGACUAUGGGCAAGUGAAGGACCUCCCAGACAAGUUGAGGAUUGGAUAUGCUAAUUUGAUUCUGGCUAUUGCUGAUAAUGACCCAGUAAAGGCAUCAGAAAGCUACAGGGAGCUUGGCAUAGAGACCUUAAGCAAUUGUAAGGAUGAACAAAAUGAAUUAUUCAAGUUGGCCCAGACAAUGUUUGAUACAAAACUACCACCUGGAGUAGUGAUGCUACAACCUUUUGCAGAAGAUUCUUCAAUAAAAAAAGUUGGUGUUCAGGCUUUUCCAGAGGAACUGUUUUCUAUCCUUCGUACGGUUCAUCUAUUGAGAGGACUUAGUGUUGGCCUUGGAAUAAACUACUCAUGUGCAGACCAGUGGAGACCCAUUGCAGAAGAAGCCUUGGUUCGUGCAGGUAGAUUAAAAGAUAAGGAUGUCAAGAGCAGAGCACGUCAAAGCAGCUUCUUCAGAAGAAUAUUUUCGCAACAGUGAUUGGCUCAGUACAAAGGGGUUGGAGAAAGAGGCCACUGUAGACAAAGCUACAGUACUCAGGGAGUGUAGAUUCAGCAAAUCCACAUCCCAUCUCAUUAACUUAACAAAAGAAAAGAGAGACAAGAGAAAGAAAAAAAAAAAAAAAAAUAGUACACAGCAGUUUUCUGGUUUGUAAUUCCUUUGAACACCAGUUGUUGACUGGACAAUUCUUUUCCUCUGAAAUCAUAUGAUGAUGGAAAUAAGGAUUCAGCAAUCCAGGCAGUUUAACUGCUUGUUCACACUUCAACUCAUCUGUUUGAAGUGUGAACUCAGUUUAUGGCUGCCUACCAUGGAAAUCUUUUGACUGCUUGAUGUCAACUGAUUAGUAUUUGUUUGGAUACAAAGUGUAGGAACUCUUAUUUAUGCAUUCUGGUCUUACUCCA